AUGAAGGGUGUAAUCGUCACUGAAGUCGGCGCCCAACCGACAGUUGUCGAUAACCUUACGAAACCUGUCCCAGCUCCUGACCAAGUGCUUGUCAAGUCAAUCUGGGCUGCGAUCAAUCCGGUUGACAAUUACAUGGUCGACUGGGGCAUCCUCGUCGUUGAGUGGCCUUUCGUACUAGGUUGUGAUGCUGCAGGGGUUGUGGUCGAAGCGGGAGAGGAAGCUUCUUCCCGAUAUGGACUCACCCCUGGUACUGAGGUGUUUGGGUGUACCAGACUGGGCCAUCAACAGUAUUCAACUGCUCAGGAAUUCUUCUUGAUGGAUGCGGCUGUCACCUUGAGGAAACCCAAGAACAUCUCUUUGGUCGAGGCUGCGACGUUGGGUGUAGGUAGUGAGACGGCUAUGUUAGCACUUGUUGAGGGUCUCAAGGUUUCGUUUGGCAAUCCUAAGCAGGAUCAGGACGAGUGGAUUGUUGUUCUGGGCGGCGCAAGCAGCGUGGGUAAGUGCGCCAUCCAACUGGCCCGCGCGGCUGGUUACAAGGUAGCAGCAUCUUGUUCCAGCAAAUCCGCGGACGAAGUCAAGGCACUCGGUGCUGCUACGUUUGAUUACAAGCAGCCAUUGGAAGCGCAAGUUCAGGAGGUUUUGGAGAUGACUUCAGGAAAGUUCUCCAAGGUUUUCGACGCUGUCGCAGCAGAUGAUCCACUUAUCGCCAAAGCACUCUUCAGGGUGACCAACUCGCCGGACAAGCGAUUUGCGACGACGAACGACUGGAGCGGAAUUGGCGACUUUGAGGGCGGAAAAUCCUACCUGACACAAUUGGGAGCGGUUGGGAGACCUGAAGCGACCGAGCUCAACAAGCGAAUUGCGAGCUACGUCCCUGUGAUUAUUGGCGCGAUUGAACGAGGGGACUUGAAGCCUGCUGACUAUGAAGUGAUUGGCAAUGGUUUGGAGGCUAUGAUCACGGCAUGCAAGCACCAAAAGUCAGGGGCUGGUGGUUCCCGCAAGGUAGUAAUUAAGAUACAAGACGAAUAG